AUGGUGGCAGCAUUUAUACUCAAGCGAUGUCCUCAUCAACUGGCCUUGCGGCGCACACUUACUACCACGUCUAACGCUGGUGCAGCACACCUGCAACCGUCUCCGCAGAAGGAUCACAACCACCACAACAGCAUAUUUAGCGCCAAGCCGAAGCUCGCACCUCUGAGGUCUCAGCGGUCUCCUGCAGCUACUACUCUACCCAAUAUCACCAGACCGACUGGCAAAUAUGAAGUUCCGGCGUCGACAACCACGUUGCAGUUCCGGCCUGGCGGCACUACUGAUGCGCCGUUGGCAACGGUAGCAUACAACAGCCAGGCCAUUUACAUAUACGACGACGCUAUGGCUGCUCGCAAGAUUAGCCCUAUUCCUCUUCGCGAGAGCUGCAUUUGCCACCUGUGUAAAGACAAGUCAUCUGGCCAGAAACAGUAUACUUCUGUUGAGAUUCCCACGAACAUUUCUAUUGCCAACGUCAAGGUGGCGCAGAAUGGACUCGCUAUUACAUUCAACAAUGAUAUUCAGCGGUAUGCAGAUGCCAGCCAUGAGUCCCUGCUCUCGUGGGAAACCAUCAACACGCUGUUGGAGCGGAUUGAGCCUGCGCGCACCUCGCCCGUCUGGCCAGCCACAGCAUUCGAGAGAACCGGUGUAGAAUUCUGGGAUAAGGAUAGUCUGUCGAAGCAGAUCCGCAAGAUAGACUAUGACGAGUUUAUGCAAGGAAACGAAGCCAUGUGGGAGGCCAUCGUCGACAUCUGCCGCCUUGGGCUGGUCUUUUUGAAAAACGUCCCGCGGGACGAAACUUCCGUUGAACGCAUCACGCAGCGUGUAGCCAAUAUUCGCGAAACAUUCUACGGCCGCACAUGGGAUGUCCGCGCCAAGCCGGACGCCGAAAAUGUCGCCUACACAAGCGGCUACCUCGGCUUGCACCAGGACCUUCUUUAUCUGCACGAUCCACCCAUGAUCCAAGUGCUGCACUGUAUGGAAAACUCGUGCGCGGGCGGCGAGUCUCUAUUCAGUGAUGGUGAGCGUGUAGCGCGCAUAUUACUCUCGCUUGCCGCCAAUGAGGGCGAUACGUCAAGCCUCACGCAAGAUCCAGUGCCGUAUGAGUACACCAAGCACGGCUACUCGUACAGACAGUUUCGGCCUCUAGUGCAGACGACGGCGGCAGGAGAGUUUGUUCAUGUCUUCUGGAGUCCCCCGUUCCAGGGCCGCCACGAGUCGCUAGACUCGGACUUGAAGCAGUGGCUUGUAGAGGCCAAGGCGUUCCAUUCACUGAUCAAUGACGAGAGUGCCAUGUGGCAGGGAAAGAUGCAGCCGGGUGACUGUGUAAUCUUCAACAAUAUGCGCAUCAUGCAUGGUCGAACAGCCUUUGAUGCAGCAGGCGGGAGUAGAUGGCUCAAGGGCACGUACAUCUCUGGCGACGACUUUUUGAGUAAGGCGUGCCAUGUACCUGCUGAGAUUAUCAAGAAGCAUCAGGGUGACGAGUUGUGGGAUACAAGAGCAGCUUCGCGCGAAUUAGAAAGCUCGGUUUGGUAUACAGAAGCAAAAGAGAAGAGAGACGCGCUCAUGUCAUCUUUAAGAAAAUAG